GGUCACACUGCCCGCACAAAAGAAAAUUUUGACGAACGUUGUUAGAGAUUUCCGCUUUUAAUUAACAAUGAUGAAUUAAUUAGCGCUGGAAUUAGCACAAGCUACAACUUCAGAAACUUUCAAGGGUCCAAGGCAAUAGGAAGCGAUGGCUGUGCUGGGCGCCCAAUUGGUCAUCACCCUGGUGAUGGUCAGUGUCAUCCAGAAGCUGAGUCCGCACUACUCCUUCGCCAAGUGGAUCUUGUGCCGCACUGGCCUGCAUCGAUACCUGCAUCCCACGGACGACGAGCUGCGCUCCCGCGGCGGAGUUCCCAAGGAGAAGCCCCCGAAAGGUGGCCGGAAUAAGCAUGCAAAUGGCUCGGGAUCGGGAGGCGGAGCAAGUGCAGCGGGCGCACAGUUUCACAUACCGCGCAGCAUUGAGGUGGAGCUACUCACGUCACCGGUCCUGGAGCGGGAUGUGGUCCACCUGCGCUACUUUACGGAGUACCAGUGGUUGCUGGACUUUAGCGUCUACACGGGCAUCGUCUACGUGGUCUCAGAGCUGUUCCAUUUCUUCUAUCCGCUGCGCCAGGAGAUCAACCUGAGCAUGGUGUGGUGCCUGCUGGUCAUCUUCUUUGCCCUGAAGCUACUCUCCUCGCUGACGGUGCUCUACUUCCAGAGUGAGGAGUCCAUCGGCGAGCGAUCGAUGGUGAUUGUGGCCUGCCUGGUCUACCUGCUGGUGGCCAUGGUCGUGCUGAUCGUGGACGAGCGCAUCCUGGAGACCGGUCUGGAGGAUGCCUAUGCCAGCUUCAAUGCCAGCGCGUCAAAGUUCCUCACCGAGCAGGGCCUGCCAUCGUCCGGCCCCGCCUCCAAGAUAGUGGUCAAGUUCUUUCUGGCCAUGGGUUGUGGCGUGCUCGGCUCGCUGUUCACCUUUCCCGGGUUACGAAUGGCCAAGAUGCACUGGGACUCACUGAAGUAUUGCCGUGGCAAUCGGCUCCUGCAAGUGCUGCUCAACCUGAGCUUUGUUCUGCCCUUCAUCCUAGUCAUUCUGUGGAUACGACCCAUUAGCCGGGACUACCUGACGGUGCGCGUCUUCCAGGGAAUGCAACAGCCACUACUGAAGCCACACGUCUUCGAAACCCUUCGCCUGCUGCUGGUGAUCCUUGUGGUGGUGGUGCGCUUUGCCCUGAUGCCCAUAUAUCUGCAAUCGUACCUGAAUCUGGCCCACGACAAGAUCCUGGAUCUGCGCAAAGAGGCCGGCCGCAUCACCAAUGUGGAGUUCAAACAGAAGAUCUCGUCGAUUUUCUAUUAUCUGUGCGUUGUGACCCUGCAAUUUGCUGCCCCGCUGAUUCUAUGCCUUUAUCUCACGCUAAUGUACAAGAGCUUGGGCGGCUUCAGUUGGUCGGGCAUUUUCCAGGACAGCGUCGUCCUGCAGCACGAGUGCGCGGCCAGCGAAGUGGAGCCUAUUGGUGGCAGCAGUGUCGUUUCCCAAGGAGAUGGCGAAUUCAACAUCCUGGAGUCGGCGCAAUCGCUGCAGGCUUCAUUCAGCAGCCUUAAGAAUGUCUUCUCCACGGAGGUGUACAAGGGCUUUCUGGGUUUUGCCACCUGGUGGAGUUACUUCACGCUUUUCGCCACUUCUUCGUUGGGCAUUGUCUACCAGUCAUAUUUCAACAAGACCUAAGGCCAUUUAAUUACACACCUGGAAUCCACAUAAGUAGUACGAAUCUGUUCCUUGUAGUCCAUUUGUAUUGUAGCUUAUUCAAUUAAUAUUGUUUUCUACUCAUCUGGCGAUUUGAUUGGCCUUCAUCAUGUUUUGUAAAUAAUACAACUUUUCUCAUUGUUUAUAAAGUGUGUAAUCACGAUUUUUAACUAGGCUGCCCCUGGAAGUAACCAAAAUAAACUAAAGAUAAUCUAAAAUAGA